AUGCCCCCUGUGAGAAAGGAUAGCCGCACUGUGGACUCGGGUGCAGGUGCUUCGAGCAAUCGGGAAUGUCCGCACUGCCCGAAGGUUUUCCGUCGAGCCAGCGACAUCAGUCGUCACCUCAGGACUCAUGAUAGCAAGGCAAGGCGUUUCUACUGUGACUGGGCCGGUUGCACCUAUAGCGCUGUCCAAAAGAGCAACCUUGACACCCACCGCGCGAAGCAUACGGGCGAGAAGAAGUACGUUUGCAAGGAUGACCCCAAGUGUACAUUCCGCACCGCGGACCCCGCCUCGCUAUCUCGCCACCGAAGAUAUAAGCACGGAUAUGUCCCCAAGGUCCGACGUAAACCCACAAAGUUGGUGUCCGCACAGGCUCCCUCGGGUACCUUUGUCGAGAUCGUGGUUGCCCAUCCACCCAGUCCUUCGUCCUCGACAUCGUCCGCCUACCCGGAUGAUUCCAACCCUGGCCCCGUCAACAACCCCUCGCAUAUUUCCAUACCCACCCUCUAUCACCCGCAACCCCUCGACACCCUCCAUAUUCCAGGUGGAGACGCGAACCUCGCCGAACCAAAUCUCGACGAUGUGGCGGCUUUCUUGAACCUCUGCGAGGAGGACCGUGAUUCCGAGCGACACCCACCCUUCCUGGAGUACAGUCCCCUUCCUCCGACAGUCACCUGGGAGUUCUUCCCCCACCGCGAUCUACAGAUGGGUGUUGCUUCCAAGGAGCCCACGUUCGAGGUCGUGGAUAACUACCCGCGCGUUCCGUCACCUCCUCUCUCUUCCACUCCACUCCUUACGCCUUCUCCGGAUCCGUUUAAUCCCUCUCCCACUCUCGACCAAACCUGGCUAACGGAUGGGUGGGUAGACAAUCCCCUUGGUUAUGGUUUCUAA